ACAACCCCCGGCGUGCCCCGCGGCGGCGGGUCUGACUGGCUGCAGCCCCCGGCGGGGCCGGUGUCGGUCCGGUGGGAGAGGGUAGCCCUGGCCGAGCGGGUCCCGCCGAGUGCGGGCUGCAGCCCGCCCCGCCACCCGCGGCCUCUGGCCGUGCCGAAGAGGGCCCCCGGUGGCGGCCGGCGGAGCGGCGCUGCCGCCUUCAAGUCACCGAUCCCAUCUCCAAGGUCCUGCCAACCUAACGGAGCCAGUGAGGAAGCCCUGUGGAAUGAAAUUGAAGACCUGAAACGGAAAGACCUUGCUCUAGACCAGGAAAUUGCACAGUUAUUGUCUGAAGGCUACAGCCUGGAGGAAUUGGAGAAGCACAUCUCUCUGCUCCAUGAGUAUAACGAUAUUAAAGAUGCUGGACAGAUGCUGCUAGGCAAGCUGGCCGUUAUCCGAGGCGUUACUACAAAGCAGCUCUACCCUGAGUACGAUCUGGAGCUUAGCGACUAGUAUUGAACCUGAAGCCUGCCACGUCCUGCAAAAAUGACUGUUGCUGGGCCAUUAUGUUUCAGUGUCAGAUCGGUUUAGAACUGGUAUUAGCUGGCCUCGGAAGUAUGUCUGUAGAAUUGCAACAGAGCGUAGGUUAACAGCCUUAUUUCUAAGAAGCUUUGGAACGUGAAAGUUGAUGAAUCUAUCAGCUGUUUCCUGCUUGUGGGAAAGGGAUGUAGGGCUUCGGAUAGUUUCUUCUACUACCUGAUCAACAGUAUUUUGAUUUUUUUUUUUUAUUGGAGGGGUUUUAAUUCAGGUUGAUGUUAAGACUCUUCCUGUCGAGCCUUUGCUUCUCUACAACAUCACAACAUCCAGGGGCUAUUUGGAUACACUAAUCUGCAGGUGGAAGUAGCUAUUACUGAAUGGAUAGAGGAAGUGUGGGUGUAUGAAUGUGCAAUGUACUAGCUGCUUUGAAAGAAAACAAAAAACCCUCAGAAAUAGGGAGGGAGGAAGGCUGAAGUUGUGGUGGUUUGGGGGUUUGGUUUUGUUUUAUGAUCUGGAUAAGUCUGGAUGUUCCAUGCUUUUGUACUUAACUGCUCUGGUAUCUAGAGGUUUUUGUAUCAUUUCUGUUGUAAAUGGCAAAAUGUGAAGUUGUAUUGAACAUCCAGUCUGAAUAAAGCACCUAUCACGUUUCUCAGUAA